CUUAUUAUUACAUGGAUGAUGAUCAUGGUGGCGAUUGGUGGUGGUGAAGAACGCUGCACAGGGGACGCGAUUCCCACCCUCAUCUGGUCAUCUGGAUAAGGUCGGAGCGAGGAAAAAGAGGGUUAUCAGAAAGGUUGGAUAAGUUUACAAACAGAGAUUUUGCGAGGAAGAGCUCCUACUUGGCAACAACUCGGGCGAGUGUGGAGAAUGUGAGACCACUGUGAGACCACUAACUACCAAGUCAGCACUGCUCGUCAGUCGUCUCGCAGCAGCCCCGGAGUAAAGACUCGGCAUUUCUUUCUCCACCCCAACCUGCAACCUCGGUGUCAUCCGCGUCGUCACCGUCGUCACUGCGAAGGGCGAUAAGUGUGUGCAAAAAAAAAUUUGCAAAAAAUACCGAGUGGCAUGUCCCACCCACCCAAACUUUUCGUACCGCUACCAUGUAGUACCCAGACCGGGGUGCUGGCCACCUACGAUUAAUAAUUAAAGCAAUCUCAGUAUAAUUAAAGUGUGAAAAAGUGAGAAAGUAAUAAAAAAAUCCACGAUGGCGGCCGGACCUGCGGACGCGUUUUCCUCCACCCCCGCGGUUUCGGGGGUGUGUAUGACUCUGGCGGGGAGUUGAUGGGGGACAAUUUGUGGUCAUCGGGCGUUGUGGCGACGGCCUCAACGGGUGCAUCUUGGGUGGACGAAGUGCACAAUUCCACCACGGCCUCCACCUCGAGUAGCAGUGACCCUGCGGAGAAGAGGUUGGAGGAAAUUAAGAGGAAAUUUCAUAGGGGGAGGAUCCUCCAAAUUAAACAUUUGCCCAGGGAGGUUACUGAAGAGGAAAUUCGGGAAUUGCUGGCAGAAUGGGAAGUCCAAAGUGUGACCGUGCAAUCGGGAUCGGCCCGUGUCUCGCUGUGUUCGCCGGAGGUGUUGGAGGACUGGGAUCGCAACGCGGUGUUCACGGUACGAGGUCAACGCGUCACCAUUGUCCCGUCGUUGUCGGAAAUGUUGCUGUGCGUGGGACGAAUCCCUCUCACCUACACCGAAGCCCAGUUCAACAACUUGGUCUCCUCGUAUGGCGAGAUCCGCCGCGCAUUCGUCAUGAUUAGCGAGAGGACGGGUGACAACAAGGGAUACGGCUUUGUCGAGUAUGUCACCAAGGAAGCCGCCCUCCAAGCGAAGAACGCCUUGGACGGGAAGCGACUCUUGGACUGCACAGCGGUCUGUGAUUGGCUGGACUCUAGUCACAUCACGGUCCGCUCCCUCCACUCCAAGUGCCUUUAUGUCGACAGGCUGCCCCCAAAUUAUCGCGACAUGGCCGAAUUUCGCCGCGUCUUCAGUACCAUCGUUAAUCCACCUUAUUGCCAGAUCGCACUCAAAAACGGCUGCCCCCAAGACUGGGGCCUUGUCGAAUUCAUCAAUGAGGACGACGCGGAAAAAACACAACAAAACUUGGACGGCUACUCCCUUCACGGGUCGCGAAUCCGUGUCGCGUACUACAUCCCGGGCGUCAGAGCGAUCAACUUGUACCUCAAACUUCUCAACGAUGGGGGAGCCAACAAGGGGAAAAGUGCCCUCCUGCCGGACCCACCUGCCCCCGCAGUGUUCCAGCAACUGCAAAGUUUAGCCAAGCAGAAUCCCGUGUUUGCUCAGAACUUGCAGUCCAUAAUAAUGCAGCAAAUCCAGGACUUGCAGAAGGGAAAGGGCGGAGGCAAUGAUAGCGGAAAACAGAGGCAGACACCCUUCCAACAGCAGAACAAGGGGCCCCAAUUCCCCUCCAACAAUUCACCCCCGAACCACAACCACAAUUUGAUGAAGAACGCGCAACACACGGCGCUCACGCUGCUCCUAGCGUCACAAAUGGGUCAGAAUAACGGUGGCGGGAUGGGCGGUGGCAGUGGACAAAUGUCGCCCACGAACGGGUCAAACAUGUCCCUGCAGAACCAACAACUGCUCGCGGCCCUCCAGGCGAUGAGCAAAGGUGGGGGUGGCAUGGGGAAUGGGGGCGGUGGGGAUUUUGGGAUUCCUGGCAAUGCCCCGAAUCUGAGCAACCUGCUCAGCCUCGCCCAGUCUCAAGGGGGCAACGGUUCCCUCCUUUCGCCAGGACAGCAGCAGCAGCAGCACUUGGAUCAGCAGAAUCCGAACAUUCCGCACCAUUUCUACCCACCCCCACCACCACAGGGCUUACUCUCGCCGGGGGGACAGAGUGGCGGAGGAGGGGUGGAUGACCACUGGUCGUCUCCGUACAAGUCCAACAGGAGUACACCCGUUUUUGGGUCGAAUGGGAUGCACAAGACGCCACUGCUUCCAUCUCCGUCGCCCUCUCUCGUCGACGUGCCCAUGGACACGGGCAUGACGUCUCCAAAAACCCCACCCGGUGACCUACAAGCCGUCUGGUACUCAUUAUUUGGACAAAAUCCUGGCUCAUCGUCAGACUCGACACCCACCUCGCCGGGAAACACAAGCCCCCACUUUAUGAAGACCGGCGGCGGAUCCAACGGGUCGCCUAUUGGUCGCUCUGCCGACGCCCUUUUUGGCGGAAUGAACCACCAAUACAAACAAGGCUCGUCCCCACCCGGUUUCUCGAACUGUCACUCUUCUUCCUCCGCUGGAAAUAUGCACCUCAACCACCACCGCGGAGUUAACGGUGACCUCCAAGAAGCGCUCAGCUCACUUCUCAACAAUCCGCAAAGUUUCAACCAAAUCUUCGGCGGCGGCGGCGGUAAUCAUCACCAGCAGCAGCAAGGACUCGACUCUUCCUUCUCGCAACAAGGGGGUCGUCUCCCUCCGCACCACCACCAACACCACCAACAACAGCAACACCCCCACCAUCAAUACCACAACAAUCCGCACCAACGCCAACAGCAGUCUUACCCGAGUGGGCUGGAACAACAGGUCGGCGGAGGCAUGCCCAACGCCCUGCUCGACCUCCUCAUGCAGUCCAUGAAGGGUGACCAACAACAGCAAAUGCAGCACAUGCAGCAACAACAUCACGGAGGGGACGCUUUCAACGGGGGGAUGAAGCACAACAACUCGUGGUCUUCGAGCAACAGCAACCCGCCUUCGCCCAUCGGGAGUAACCAUCGUGGCGGACCGUUUGGCGGGUUGGGAGGUGGACAACCGCAACGGAGCGGGUCGAACGGGUCGAGUGAAAUGAGCUCGCCACGGUCGCCAAGUUCGUACUCGCCAUUUUCACGCAACUCCUCCAAGGGGCUGUUGGAAUCGGGAAACGGGAACCUACAACAUGAUGCCACAGUACAUUCGAGCCUCAAUUCCCCAAUACCGCCCCCAUCGUCGACAUGGAAUGCGGGGGGUUAUAUUGGGGCGGCGCACCACCAGCACCACCAGCAGCAGAGCAGUUUCACUUCUCAGAGUCGGAACAUUUGGGCGGCCCCUUCAGUCAGCCCUGGAGCCACCUCGCUGAAUAGUAACAACAACAACUCACUUCUCCUCAACCCCCUCGGCAUCAAGCGGAAGCAGGUCCAUCACGACGGAGGGGUUGGUGCAGGGGGGUUGGAAAUUGACGGCUUUCUUGGCUGUGGGGGGAAUUCUUCGUCGUCUACGUCCACCCUGGGAGGAAUCAACCAGCAGCUGCACAACGCCCACCUCAACCACCCCCAUGAACCACUCCCUUCCCACUAUGCAGACUCGUACUUCAAAAAGAAGAAGAAAAAUUAAUCCGCAGUUUAAUUCCUCAAUAAUUCCCCCCUUCCCCUUAUUGGACAACCAUAAAUACCUCAAAAUUAUGUAGACGCACCAUUUACCAAACCGAACGGACCAAUCAUCAUACACCGGACACGUGCACACUUAAUACCACACCCCACAAAAAUUCGGAAACAAUCACUCGAAACCAUUUCAUUUUAAGUAUAGGAUUGUAUUAAAGCAUAGUCUUCAAAUUAUUAUUAUCCGUAAAAAAAAUGACGAGACCCGAGGUUGAAAUCUUAGUCGGAAAAACAAGGUCGUUGCUGUACAGGUCUAAAAAAUACCUAAUCUAAUCUAUGCGCUCUUAUAUAGUCUCUGUUUUUUGGAAAGAUAAAGCUAGUUUUUGAUGGAUGGAUUCUAGCACACGGAGAAAUUCUGGAAACCAAUUCUAAUCCAUGUGGGUGCAUAUAAAUAUACGGUAAAUGAAGUAGUAGGAAAAGCGUUUAAAAAAUUAUUAAUCGCGUGAGUAGAAAGUGGAAUGAGUCGAUCGAGUCAUCAAUCAAUCAUCCUCCUCCUCCUUGUUACAUAACUAACUAUGGUAAUAAAAUAAUGUGGACAGGACGCUGCAUAAUAAUAAUUAAUUAAUUAGUAAAUAAGUUAAAAAAAAACUGCCACAUAAAUACACCAACCAACCAAAAAUUUUCCUCUCUUACCAAAAGCUCUUGUAAAUCCUUAAUUGGCUUUCCAUUUAUUUAAUAACUUAUUAUUAGUAACUUUUAACAUGUACAGAUGAAAAAUGAAACUUACCGAUUUUUUCGACCUUAUUAAGAAAGACAGCAGCACAGAGAUUACGUCUGUACGUACGUACGUAUUUACUUGUCCCUCUAUUAGAUUUUAAUUAUUAUUGUAAAACUUCUUGAUAGCGUGUAAUUACUUGAUUAAUAAUUCUUAAAGGUCUUGCUCUUGCUUGGUUGGAAAGAGAAAAGAAAGCUGUGAUCCUUAAUUUUCCAUCUUUGAAACUUUAAAACGCAUUUGUUUCGUCGCAGCCAGGACAAGAAAACGAUUGGUAUUUCAAGAGUCGAAAUAAUAUACAUAAAUCGAACCAAAUAUUACAAUAAAAAAUUACAGCAAUCACUCGAAUUGAAUCUAAAUACAUAAAAACUCGAUUAAUAAGUAGGUUAUGAAAUGAGUAAUUAAUUAGGUGGGGUGGGUACUUGUCUAUAUUUGAUUAAUAAGAUAAGGUCGGUGAUGGCAUAAUAUACAGCAAUUAAUCGAAAUAAUUUUAGUUAGGUGUACAAUUUAGGUAGGACCUCUGUUCCGCAAACCCCACAGUUCCGGACAAGUAAAAAUGAUGCAUUUGGUGCUCCAUGUUUUUAUAGAAAUGUUAAUUGUUAUUGUUAUUAUUAAUAGUUACAGCUCACGAUAAUUUAAUACUAAUUUCAAGAAGUCUCUUCUUCUCCCCAUGAUUAUCAUUACCUUUAUUGUUCCCCCUCUCACUCACCACGACGCAAUUGAAAGUUGAAGAUGAAUGCAAUUUGAUUUACGUAGCAGCGCUCGGAAAUAUUUUCUAAUUUUUCUAACUAUUUUUUGCCCAUGGUUGAUGAGAUGGGAUUAUUUUUGUAAGUUAUAUACGAUAACAACGAAUCAUUUCGAUAAGCUUUAGUUAAUAGAUAUUUAUAUCUCUCCCGGUGAUGGAUCUUCUUAUCGCGUGAUAAGUCGUCGUUUCGUUUGUAUAGUCUCGUAAUUUUGAAAUAUUUAUUGUUUUUUUAUAAAUAUUUAUUUUAGUUAGUUAUAAUAAUUUUACAAUUAUUUAGCUACUGCGCUGAGUCAUGAGUACCUUUGAUUUCAUUGCUUGGUGGUUUUUGUGGAUUUUUUUUCAUGUAGAAAUUAUGUUUUUCAUCAAAUCAAAUUGAUUUAAUCAAUCAAUCAGGAAAAUGAAAUGAAUGCUUGUCGACAUGAACAUCCGAAAUAAGUAAGCAAACCACCAAAAAAAGUAUUUUUUGCAUAAUAACUUAUAAUUAAUAAGUAUGUACCACCAUUCGAAUAAGAAAAACAACCACGACUAUCAUAGCCAGCCAGUUGCGUUAAACGGUGAAAUAAUUUAGAGUUAAAUACUGAUUGAUUAUUAAGAUGAAAAGAAUCAGUUAAAAAUUAAAUCCCGGAUUUAAAACAGAUAUUAAAUAAAAACGAUUUUGCAGAUGAUGAUAUGAUGAGACAACAGAUGAUACGGAACAUUCCUAGUUAACUAGUUAGUUAAUUAUUUAAUGAGUUGACGGAUAGGAAUAAUUACAAAACUAAACUAUUUAAUAUAUUAUACAAUUUGUAAAAAUGGAGUAAAGAAAGCACGAAGUGAAAGUAUUUAUGGUAUGCGAAAUGCGAUUGAGAUUGAGAAUAGCGAGAUAAUGACGAUAUACCAAGAAAGAAUUUUAAAAUGAAACAGUGAAUGGGAAGCAAUUUUAAUCAAGUAAAUCUGAAUGGAUUGGAUAAUAAUACGUACGUACCAAAAAAACACACAAUUUAAUUAAAUAUAAAGUACUUAGUAAUUUAGAAUGUGAGAGUUUUUAAGAAA